UUAUCAUUUAUUUUCACUCGGGUCACGUUUCUGCUUCUCAUAAAACGCUUGCGCUCUGCAUGUUUCUUCUGGUGAUGCGGUAAAGCGGUAAGAUACAGCGCGCAGUUGGCGCUAAUCAAUCUUAACGUUUGCGCGGCCUGCACGAAGUGGAGACCGCGGACUGUCGUUGGUAAAACAAGCCGCCUGUCUGCAGCUCAUCCCGGGAUGUCGGAUUCCGUACUCCUCAAGCAGGGGAAAGUCGGACCCCGGCGGCGCUAAGGGGGUGUGUUUGUGUAUCCUUUCGAAAGGAGGCGGGAAAUGGCCACUUGAUUAACGACGAAUAUCAGCUCGCCUUUGCAUUUCUUUGAGCGGAAACAGUUUCCUUGUGAUCCAGACUGAUUGAACCUGGUCUGUGAGUGAAGAAUUUGAGGAGAUAAAACGGAAAGGUGUAAUGGAGAUGUCCGGUAUAGAGGGAGAGGUAGGUCUGGUGGCUGGUCGCAGUCAGAGGGAGAAAAGGCGCUCAUACAAAGAUUUAUUGAGAGAAGAGGAAGAAAUAGCCGCACAGGUGUGCAAAACCUCUGAGAAAAACAGUGAGGACUCAGAGUUAAUAGUGAUGGGUGGGGACUUACACAAAAAGAAGAAGAAGCACUUAAGUGACGAGUACCAUUAUCGAGAACACCAUGGCUCAGGCCCUCCUCACAAGAAGAAGCGCAAGUCCUCUGAACGCUCACCCUCACGCUCAUCUUCAUGCUCCUCUCAGCCAGCCCACUCUACAGACACUGCUAUGGGCCUCUUGCAGGCAAUCACCUCCCCAACAGCCACAGGCUCUGAACCUGGCCCUAACUUUCAUAAAAAACCCUCUUACCCUCCUCACUCCUCACAUUCCUCCUCCAAAGAUCGCAAACGUGAAGGCAGCUCCAAGAGUGGCCACUCUUUUUCUAAUUCCCGUCAUCCGAGUUCUUUGUUGAAGAAGCAUUCUUCCUCCUCGUCUUCCUCUAAGUCAUCCUUGUUUCAUGCCGGAGCCGGCAGGGGUGAGCCACUUACACUGCGAGAUGGUGAGGGCCUGAAAAUGAAGCUAAUCCUGUCACCCAAGGAAAAGAGUGAUGGAGGAGAAUCGACUGAAAGAUUCCCUUUCCCUGCACAUCCAUCUUCAGGGAACAAAGGACAUCAUUCCUUCUCUGGCAGCAAAAAAAUUGGGACGAAGAAGGAGAAGGACAGGGACCGAUUGAUGCCAUCUAAGCUACAAAAGAAGAAACAACACAGCCGAGAACCUCUGCCCAUGGUGGGCAAAGAAGUUGAAGUGGAGGGACUGUACGGUGGAACUAGGGCAAAGGGAGCAGAUUGUUCAUCCUCUGGAGGGGAGCUAGAAGCAGGUGAACUGAUCAUUGAUGACUCCUACACACAACUUUCAUCUAAAAAGAAGAAAAAAAGCAAAAAAAGCAAAAAGAAAAAGGACAAAGAGAAGGACAGAGACAAAGAUAAAAGUUCAAAGGAGAAAAAGCACAACAAAGGAGGAAAUGCAGAAAAGAAAGGAUUUAAAGGGGAUUCAUCAAGAAGCCACUCCCAUUCCCACAGCUCGUCAAAUCAUAGUACCUCAGUAGGAAGUUUCUCUAUGGUGCCAACAAUCACCUUGCAUCCUCAACAUCAUCAGGGUGCUGACUUGAUGACGGUAAAGAAGAAGAAGAAGGAGGAGAAGGAGAGAGAAAAGCAUGACAAAGAAAAGAAAAAGAAGAAAAGUACGACAGCUUAUCAGGUGUUCUGUAAAGAGUACAGGGUCAAUAUAAAUGCAGAACAGCCUGGACUAGUGUUUGGGGAGCUGAGUAAGAAGCUUGCAGAGGUUUGGAAGCAUCUACCUGAAAAAGACAAGCAGGUUUGGAAGCAAAAAGCUCAGUAUCUGCAGCAUAAACAGAUUAAAGCUGAGGCUACUACAGUCAAACAGAAGACUUUAUCAUCAGAGAACAAAAUCAAGAGCUCCAAUAAAGUUGUGGGUAUGGGGACAGGGUUGACCACUCCAAGUCGUGCUCUGACCAUCCGGGUACCAGAGGUUGACCCCAUAGAUGCUGCUGCACAUUUGCAGCUCCUUGGGGAGUCUCUCUCUCUCAUUGGACACAGGCUGCAAGAGACAGAGGGAAUGGUAGCAGUGUCUGGCAGUCUCUCUGUUCUGCUAGACUCCAUUUUGUGUGCUCUUGGUCCAUUAACCUGUCUCACUGCUCAGGUCCCUCAGCUUAAUGGCUGUCCACGCAGUGUCUUGUCGAGCACGUUGGACAACAUAGCAUACAUCAUGCCAGGACUAUGAGACUGGAGAACAAAUGACUUCAAUUGCACUUCAUUUGAAACAGGACACAUUAAAAACAACAUAAUUUUUUUUAAAAGCAUGAAAAAAAAGUGAACAUUUUUGACCGUUUAUUUUUGUUAGCAAUGCACCAAUCAGGUCUGGGACAUUUGGACAUCUGUAGACUUAGAACUGUUUUUAAAAUGUUUAAUAUUUUUUAAAUUGUAAUUCUUUCAUAUUUUUUAAAAAGGGAUUCAAAAUCUCAUUCUAGGAAACACAUCUAUGUCAGGUUAUUAGAUUUGAUUGUUUGAUUGUUUUAGUGAGUGUGUGCAUGUGUGUAUGUUUGUGAGCGUGUUGUGUGAAAAUUGGCAUACUUUUAUUAUGUAAAGAGCAAUUUAUUUUUUUGCAGAAGUGUACAGUUUUAUGUCUGAGACCAAGGCUGUUAUUGUUUUGUUUUCUUCUUAUUUAAGAUUAAGUUAAUAGAAGCAAACAUUAGUAACUGCAGUAGUAAUUACUGCCAAUCUGUUUUUAUACUUGCAAAAUGUAAUAUGCUAUAAUUUGUUUAUAGUAAAAUUGUAUACACAAA